AUGAGUCAACCUAUUACUUAUUCAUCUUUAAUAUCACUUUCAUUAGCUAAAUUCCCCCAAGUUUAUAUGUACACAGAUGGAUUUAUGAGCAAUGAUUUUGAAUUAAUUAGUUUUAAUAGUGUUCAUGGAAAUCUAUUUCAUGAUUUUCAAAAUACGGUAUUUAGAAUCAUACCUGUGUUAAACUUCAAAUGGACUCAAAAGUUAUUAAAGGAAAUAGUGCAAGAAGAUUUCUAGAAACUAAGUGAAAUCUAAGUCGUAAAACAAAGAAAAGGUUAGAUAUAAAGUUUAAGAACUAACUUAGAUGGAGAAGUUACAUCUAACAUUUCCUUAACUAGUAAAUUGACAGGAGUCCCUCUCAUAUUUGGUUCAUCCACUUUUAUGCUGGUCCAUGUAACCUCGCUCAAAUUUUUAACUUUGAAUGAUGAGAAUCCAGAAGAUUUACAUUUUUAAUUAAAAGACUUUCCAGAAGAAGGUAGCAUAAUGAAAUUCACUCCUUGUCUUAAUUUCUAAAAAUUACGAACUAACAUAGUUUAUAAUAAAGAUGCUGUUAUCUUGUCAAGCACAAAAGUUGUCUGUAAUCGACCCCCUUCAUUAUACACAUUCUAUAAAGGAUAAGAAUAUAAAUACAAAGAGUCAAAAGACAAACAAUUAAAGAAACAAUUUCAAUAGGAAGUAAAGAGGAGUAAAAUUAUUGGAAGUAUUGAAUAUUAAACUAGAUGGAGGGUAGAGGGAUAUCAUUGUGCAAGCAAUAAUGAAAAACAGUCAGAAUUUGAUGAUUAUCUUCAUGUUGGAGAUGUGAUUGCUCUCUAUCUAUCAGAAUUAAAAUUACAUGUUAAUGCUCUAAAACCUUAUGAUCCAUUCAAGAAGAUAUUGUAAAUACUCAAAAUUGAAAAUCUUACUUCUGCUGAACCUUAAACUAAACAAAAAGAUUAAUUAUUAAAAUUAACAAAAACACAAUAACAUUUGGACAAAGAAUUCAAUCUAAAUUAAUCAGAUGCUAAAAUCUUAAAGAAAAUAUUAAUUGAGGAUGUAGUUGUUACAUUUUAAAAUUUCAAUUACUUUAAUAGCACUGAAUCCUAAAAGAAAUUAUUAGAUCUUCCAAAUAGUUGUUUUUGGAAAAUUGAAAGUGCCGAUUAGAUGAGUGGUGGUAGAGUAGACUGGAAUAAAAUUUAUAGAUUAAGACAUUACUAAACCGGUAGAUAUUUACAAAUUACAAAAAACGGAAAUUUGGUGGAUAUGGAGUUAAUUUCAGAACCUAAUCAAAAUGCAUUAUUUAAAUUCUCCUAGAUUUAGAAUUCAGAAGAUUCAGAAGUAACAUAUAUUAAAAGAGAUUCAUUCUAUUAUCUAUUACACAUUGAGACUGGUCAAUAUUUGGGUAUCAGUGAUGAAGUAAAUGAAGUAAAUCCAAAGAUCGAAUAAUUAUCCAAAGAGGCUGAAGUUGAGGUUAAGUAAGCCUAUUUGUCAGUAGUUCAGAAUCAUUAUACUACAUUUAGAGUAAAAAAGAUAGAUUUUUCAGACAUGUGGGAGACAUACAUGUUAUAAUAUAGUUUGCCAUUCUUUUUGGAAGCUAUCGAUUAUAUUUAAAGAUUACAUUAAAAACAUAUUGUGAAUAGUACUAUAGCUUAUAACGAUGAGGAUAUCAAAAGUAAAUUGCACUUCUAUUAAAUAUUUUUAAAAUUAGAUAGAAUGUUAGAUAUGUAUUGUGAAUUUGUAAACAAUAAAUUAAUUUCUAACAUCAGUGCUAAAUAAGAAUACUCUUAUAUAGUUACAAAUAGAUAAAAUGUAGUUAGAGAAUAAAACAUAUUUAUUUUAUUAGUUUGGAUGUUAUUUAGAUGUUUUCCUAGCAGACAAAUUAUAGAAAAAUAUCCUCAGAAAUUUGAAGCUAUGAAGAUAGAUUUCAUGGAUGAAAAAGAUUUUAUAUUUCGUGUUUAAUCAUUUCUAUAAAGUAACACACUUAAACAUCAUCCAAGAAUGCUCGUCAAAUUAGAAGAUGGACAUAAUAAAAGAUAGAUCUAUUUGUCAUACAAAGUUUACAUGACAAUAAAAGAUUUUUGUAAAGAUAACAAAAGCAAUCAAAGAACUUUAAUGAAAUUGUUAAAUAUCUUUUACAAUCACAUAGGAUUAGGAGAUUAGAUUGUGGAUACAUUGGCAAAUUCUAUUUCUAAAACUAAAUCUAUUUUAUAGCAAUUGCCAAAAACCAUGAUUAGUAUGCCUUAAAAACCCAAUUAAGAUGAGCAUCAAAACCAUUCAACUUCUUAAGAUAAAUCUCAAGUGUAGGGUGAUUAAAUAAAAGUUAUGGACUAAUCAAAUUUAUCUAUGACAGCUCAUAACAAAAGCAAAGAAAGAGUUUCAUAAAAGGAAAUUGAGUUAUAAAGAGAAAAAGAAAAAGAACAACAAAAACUAAAAGAAUAACAAGAAAAAUAAAAGGAGAAGGAGAAAUAAUAGAAAAACGAAAGUAAUUCUCUAUAAGCAAUUAUUUUGAAAUUGCUUGAAUUCCCACCUUUCUCAAAACCUGACAUCAUAUAUUUAUUGGCGACUGUCUGUUAAUCUUUAGAAUCUCCAGUUUUUGUUAAUUAAAAUUUAAUUUAUAGAGCAUUUUUUGAAAAUAAAUUAAUUUACAAUCAUGCUUUUAUGAAAUUAACUUAUAAAUUUGGAGAUUUAUUACUUACUUGUUUAGACAAGAAUGAUUAACCAGUAACCAUUAAAUUUUUAGAUUUCUUUGAUGAUCCAAGAUUAGAAAGCGGAGCUAAUUAUUAACGUUAGUUCGAAUACAUAAAGAAUGAAUUGAAUUUGAUAGCAAAUCUAUGCUUAAGUAGAAAUACCUUAGCAUGCAAAACUUUCCAAUAAACAUUUUUAUUCAAUAAAACCUUACCAUUUGUAGAGAAUAGUAAUUUGAAAGAAGAAAUUAGAGCAGUGUUUUUAAAAUUAAUAAGAGUAUUGUAUAUAGAUUAAGAACCUUAUUAAACAUAAAAAAGACCAGAAUUAGUUAGAGAAAUCAUUUACGAUAAAUCAAUUUUAACAACAAAACUAAUUAAAUAAGAUGGAGGAAUAUUAUCUAUGUUAAAAAUGAAUGCUAAUAACUAUGUAUCAUUUGAAGAAAUCUAAAAACGUUAAUUAGAACCAUUAAUAUCAAAGGAUACCAUUUUAUAUCAGACUAUGAGAGUGAAAAAAUUAAAAUAAUAGUAGAUAAACUGGGAAAGAAUCUAAAAGGAACAAGCUAUUGAUGAGUCAGAAGUAGAAGAAUCUGAAGAAGUUAAGAAAUUCUUGUAAUCGCUAAUCAAAAUAUUAAUUUAGCACAUUUAAGAAUCAGCUUAAAAAUUGACUUCUUUGAAAUAAGGCAGAUUGAUUUACAAUAUAUUGACUUUAGAAGUUAUCUAAAUAGUCAAGUUAAUCUUCUAAUUUGGUUUUUUUAAUUACGAAUACAUUAAACCUCCAAAUUAACAUACUAAGAAAUCUUAAGCAAUUAUGAGAGAAAUAGAAAAAUAAAUCAAAAAUUCUGAAAUAGAAUAGAUUAUAUAAUUAUUAGCAUAACUAUUGGAAUAUGAUGAAUAAUACAAUUAAGCUCUAGAAAAUGCAAAUGUCUAAAGAAAAUAUAUCGAAAACAAACUUAAGAGAGAUGAGAAAAAAAAGAAAAAUGCAUUUGAUGAUUUAGCUAAUUUGGGUAAUAUAAAUCUUGAUAUGAUGAAUUUAUUGGAUGGAGCAGAAAAAUAAAAAAAAGAAAGAAAAAUUAUUCAUCAGGAUAUUGAAAUGGAGAUAAUUAAUGAUCCCUUAUUCAGAAAAGUAAAAUAAUUAAAGAAAAUAUUAGAUAAAUGUUCUAAUAAGACAUUUUCAAUUAAAUAAGAAGAUUAAUUUACAUAAUAUGAGGUUUAAAUUAAGAUGGAAAUUUGUGAAAUCUUUAUAUUAAUGUUAGGAAUGAGAUAGGACUUCCUUAUUGACAACGCAAUAGAUUUCUUUAAAUAAUAAUUUGUUCCUUAUCAAGUAAGUAUGAUUGAUGAAAAUCACAAUUAUACUGAUUUGUUACCUGAAUUGGGGAUUGAAGUAGGAGAAGAUGUUGAUUCCAUUUAAACAAUGAAGGAGUAUUGUGAAAAAUUUUAGACAGUUAGAAAUUUUGACAUCAUUCUUGAUAGACCAUUUUAUGAAACAUUGAUAUUAUCAUUGUUCUUUUCAACCAAUGCAAAAUUAUCAAAUAAAAUUGUUGAAUUAAUCGAAAAAUACUCUAGUUAAAGAUAUGAUUUAGUCUAGAAUUUAACAGAGUUAUAAGUAGUUGUGUCUAUGGAAACCAUAGCCUUUUAUAAAAAGUGGUCGAGACUUUUAAAUAAAUUGAAAAGAAAUAUCCCAAAUUGUUAAGCUUGGUUAUAACUAGAUACUCCUUAAAAAUUAAAUGGAAGAAAUGAAACUAAUUUCUAAAAAAAUCUGAAAUUAGUUAAAAAGAUUAUUGAUGUGUUUUAAGAAAAUGCUGGUGAUAAUUAAAGAAUGAAAAUAAAAUAAAGAAUAUUUAAACAUGUUGGAGGAUUUGAUUCAAUGCUUGAAUUAAUGUUAUCCUGUAUGAUAAUGAUAAUAAAUAAUAGACAGGUAUUUACAUUCAAAGAAGCACCUACUAGUUUCUCAUAAUAUUAAUAACAUUUGGCUAAAUUAAUUUUGUAAUUAUUGGAAUGCAUACUUUAAAUCAUGGUAUUUUUUGGUAAAAAUUCUAUUGAGAAUUAAGAAUUAGUAUUUCAUAAAGUGGUUCCUCAUUUGACUAAAUAUAGGAGAAAUAAUUUUAAUCAAUCACAGUUUAUUACUGAUUUAUUAAAUGAUAAUCCAAAAUUAACUCAACAUAUCAAUAGAGAUAGGGAAAUUGAAUACUUUUUUAAGUUAAUCAAGAAGCAUGGAAGAUACACUGAAUUUAUAGACUUUUUUUUAAUCAUUUUAAAAAAUGCAGAAAGUAAUAAAACUGGUUAAAGCAAUGUCUUAUCAAUGCACAUAAUUAACUUCGUCUUAGACAAAAAAUAUUUUGAAUUCUGCAAUCCUUUCGUUCCAUAGCCUAAACUCAAAGGUAAGUCAUUGUUCUAUUAACACAAACCUCAAUCGUCCUAUCUGGGAAAAUUUAUUAUUAUGUUAGCCUAAUGUUUAAAAAACUAUAUAGGGGUGUCUUUGACUUAUAGAGCUUAAUAAACAUUUAAAUUAAAUUUAUUGUUAGAAAGUUUAGUUUAGAUAUCUUCAGAAGAAAGGGAGACAGCUUUUGAAUAAUUUAAUUAAUUAGAAGUUAAAACAUGCAUUUUUGAAAUCAUUAUGGUUGUAUUAGAAAGAGCAGAGAAAAAGAAUUUGGAAAUAAUGUCAUGUUCUGAGAAAAUCCAAGAAUUCCUUGUCCUUGAAUCUUAGUUCUUAAACUCAAGGCAAUAAUUUUCGAAUGCACAAUUAAUCUAUCUAUUUUAAAAGCAAUCCCCUUUUCUUCUUUAAUACUUCAAAGCCUUUUACAAAGAUGCUGGUGCUAAAUUAUUUUAAAAUGCUGAAUAGUCAAAAAUUGAACGCAAAAAAAUUUAAGAGUAUGGAAAAGCCUUCUUAAACGCUCUCAAUCAUAUGAGCCAAAAAACCAUAAUGGAUGAUGUUCCAAAAAUAUCAAUGGUUGAAGAUUUAUGUAGAGCUUUGAAAAUUGAUAUUCCAAAAUCAUUUAGAAGACCAGUAAAUUCUGAUGAUGAAAUAGAUGAUGAUGUGGAGGAAUAAGAAGAUGAAACUGAUGACAAAGCAAAACAAAUAUCUAUGGAUGUAUCAAAUGAAAAUACUCAUUAAAAAGGUAGUUUUACAACUGGGCCACCAUUAGUUAAUGAAAAUACUGCUAGAGCAUUUUUAUAAAAAUUUAAAUCUUUGAAAGCAAAGUAAUUACAAACUGAUAAAAAAGAUAAUGAAGAUAGUGAAUCAAAAUAAAUCAAUUAUUAUUGGCAAUUAUUUGUUUCGUUGCUUUCGGAUAAUGAACAAGUGCAUGAAGCCAUUAAAGAAGAGAAAUAAAUAUUUGCUAAUAGUGUCUGGAAUAUAAGUUAAAUGUUUUAAUCAGAUAUCAAAUCUGAUUAAAAAGAUUUAGUACUAAAUCAAGAAGAUGUUGUCAAGAAUUUAUUAAAUUAUAUACAAUACUGGUAAGUUAAUGCAGCUGAUAAAAAAAGUGUGCUUUUUAUCUUUAAAGCAUUAAAAUAGAUUUUAAAGAAUCCAUUUAGAUCUGAUGAUUUGGAUGAAUUAAGGGAAAGAUAGGAAAUUUUGAAUAAAUUGAAUGCAACUAAAAUUUUAAUGUAGUUAUUAUGGAGUGAAGAUGAAAAUGAUCUACAAUAUUUAACAACUCUUCUAUCCCUAUUUUGCAUGAUGUUAAAGAAAGGUAAUUUAGUAGUGUAAACCACAAUUUUAGAAUAUUCUAAAUCAAAUCAGGAAUGUGAAAAACUUUAUUUUAAAUUAAAUUUGAUAAUUGCUAAUUAUAUAAAUUCGAAUCCAGCUGAAUUAAAAUAGUAAGGAAAACUUCAAACAAAAUUAAUAUGCAAAACUUUAUAAUUUAUGUAAUUAUUGUGUGAAGGACACAAUCUAUAAUUAUAAGAAUACCUACACUAAUAAACAAAUUCAAAAACAUCUUAUGAUUUAGUUUUAUAAAUUGUAAAACUUUAACAAUGCAUAAAAAUUGAUAAUAAAAAUUAUGGUAUUGUGACACAAUGCUUUGAUACAAUUACAGAAGUAAUUUAAGGACCAUGCAAAACAAAUUAAAUAGCUUUAUCAAACUCUAAAUUUAUGGAGUAUGUUGUGGAUGUCCUAUCAGAGAAUGAAAAGUUGUUUGAGACCUAAGAAAUCUAGAAAAAACAAGAAGCCAAAUUGCUUGGAGUUAUUUUUAAAUAAGUCUAAACACAAAAGAAAGAAUUUAAAAGCUUUAAUUAAAUGGGAUAAACAAAAGAAUAACAAGGAAUUAAAAGAAACAAAAUUAUGGAUCCUACUAAACCUUAUAACCUUACUUUGCAUUUAGCAAAAUUAGCAAGACUUAAAUUAAAAGCCUUGAUAUCAUUAGUUUCUUUAGUAGAAUGCUGCGAUCUAUAAGAUAAUUUAAUCUUAAGAAUAAUUAGAGCUAUCCCUAUCCGAGUAUUAACUAAUAAUAUGUCAAGAUAAUAUUUUAAAGAUGAAUAUAAAGAAGAAUUGUUUGGAAGGGCAGAAUAACUAAUCGUAUUGACAGAGGAAGAAGAAAAGUACGAAUUAGUGGUAGAAAUUGGGUUUUAUAUUUAUAUCCUAAUGUAAAUCUUUGUAGCAAGUAAAAAGGGAAAAGAUAUCUUGCAAGAAGAUAUUGAAAUGAGAGAAAUAUUAAAUGAAUUUGAUGUCGACAGAGCAGACGAGCAAUCCACAGGCUUAUUUAGCGGAAUCUCUAAAUUAGGAGGUUAGAUGCUCUAGGUAGGAUUGGGGGGACUUUAAAAAUUCAAACAGGGAAUAGAAGAAGUAGGUAAAACAGACGAAGAUAGAAGAAAAGAGAAAGAAGCAUAAGAAUUAGAAGAGAAAAAGAAGAAUAAGGAGUUACUAAAAAAUUCUAUUAGAUUCUUUAAGAAAAACUCUUGUUCCAUUGAAAUAGUUCGAGAAGAAAAAGUUUAUUAGGUUUUCUUUCCAAAAUUACCCUACUGUCAUUAAUUACCAAAAGAUUUAAAGACAGAAUUUCAUGAUGAAGUCAAUAGAUCAAGUGCUAAAACUAAGUUGAAUUAUUUAAUGACUAAAUCUGAGAGCAUAAUUAAAACUAUGAAACAUGAAGAAUAUCUGAGAAUUUUGUUUAACAUUAAUCCAAUUUUUGGAGCUAUAGCUUCUUAAGGCAAAUUAUGGGAACUUUGCCUAUUUUUGACAACAAUAGCUAUCAAUUUAAUAAUCUUGUUUAGUUAUUCCUAAUUUUUAGUUCCUGAUCAAUAUUUGGAUAAUGAUAGUAGAAUUUAAUAUUAUAGAUUGUAUGAACCAAGAUUGUUGUGGUAUGAUUAAUUAAGCAUAACCAAACAAAUUAUUUUAAUUUUGGGAAUAUUAGAUUUGGCGUUUUCUUCCUUAAUAGUAUUUUUCUUUGCCCUUAAAAGAGCCCCCUUAAAAGUUUAUCAUAUUUGGGUAGGAUUUUUCAGCACUUAAGGAUUUUUUAAGAUCAUAAUCAGAUUAAUUAAAAAUUCAUUAGUUUCAAUAUUUGUGUUGUUAUAGGAUUUUGAAAUUCUUUAUUAUUCUGCUUAUAUUCUAGCUGGAAUAGUAGGAUUAGCAGCUCAUCCAUUCUUUUUCUGUGUUCACUUGAUGGAUUUUUUAAAGUUAGAUCAAUUGAAAACCGUUGUUUAAGCUAUUUGGAAACCAAAGGUAGAAUUAGGCUUGGCUCUCAUGUUAUUAAUAAUUAUUGAGUACUAUUUUAACAUCUUGGCUUGGAUCGUAUUUUAUAAUUAGUAUCCUGCAUCAGGAGAAUCAGGAUAAGAGUAUUGUAAUGAAUUUUGGAGAUGUCUUAUCACAACUUUUGAUUGGACUUUCAAAUUUACUGGAUCAAUAGGGGCUCAUCUACAAGAUCCUGCUACUUUGGAAGAGCUAUAAAAACAAGCUGUUUUAUAAGGAGAUGAAGACGCUUCAUAUGAUUACGUCAAUGCGGAUUAAACUGCUAUAUAUUACGAGCGAUUCUUUUUUGAUAAUUUAUUUAAUAUCAUGUUGGUGUUCAUUUUAUUAAACAUGAUUUAGGGUAUCAUUAUUGAUACGUUUUCGUCAUUAAGGGAAGAUUUAGCUGAAAAAAACAAAGAUAUGGAAUUUAAGUGUUUUGUAUGUGGCUUUGAUAUGGAAACAUUAGAUAAGUCAAGUGAUAGUGAUAAAGGCUUUGCUUUUCAUAUAAAAUAUGAGCAUCAUAUGUGGAAUUAUGUGUUUUAUUUUGCUUACUUGUAAUUCAAGGAUCCGACAGAAUAUGAUGGCAACGAAACUUUUGUUAGCAACAAAAUGGAAAAUCUUGACUUAGGUUGGUUACCAAUAAAGAAAGCGAAAUGCAUCACAGAUGAAAAUUAAGAAGAUAAAAAAAAGCUGGAACAAUUAGAUUUAUUGAAUAAAAAAGCUGAUAAAAUCGAGGAAGAUCUUAAAAAAUAAACUGAAAAAGUAGAAAAAAUUUACAAGUCCUUAUUACCUGAAUGA